UCCGGGCUGGGCCUGCAGGGCCUUGGGCGGGGGGCGCUCCGUGCUAGGCCCGGGACGGGCGCCGCUGCCGCUUCUCUCCGGGACCCCGGGGCCCGAGACCGGACGCCCGGACCCCGCAGCCCGCGGCUUCCCGGCGCCGGGACCACGGCGCACGGCCUCCUGGAGCGGCUCCAGCGUGCGGCCCCGACCCCGGGGCGGCGCUGCUCUGGCCGGGACGCGGCCCACGGAGGCCUCGGGCGGAGGAGGCUGGAAAAGAGGCCAGGCGGCGGGAAAGGGGGAUGAUUCAUCCCCGGGAGCCCGAAUCGGAAACACCGCAAUCUGGGAACAGCCUUGCCUGGGCCGGCGAGAGAUCCAGGAGAGUCCGUCCGGCGAGGACCUGCGUCCGGCAACUGGCAGUCCCCUGCCUCCAGCCCCGGCCCUAGCUCGGCCGUGGGGGUGGGGGGGAGGGAGGGGGAGGCCUCUUCUGGAGGAGUGGAGAAGAAUCCUGGACAAAGUCCGCCGCUGCCUCCUCUGCUCUGACUGGCUGGUCUCGUCCAGAGCGGUUUUUCCCAGAGUCUAGCUCAAGUCUCUCCUGCUGCAGCUCCAGUGUUGGCUGAGGAAGUCUGCAAGGAGGGGGCGAGCAAGGAGAAGCCGGAGUCAGAGACACCUCCGCCGGCCCUCGCUGCGAGCGCCCGGACGACCGCGCGAUGACGGCCGGGAGCCCCGGAGACGGCGGCGCGCGCAGGAGCCCCGAGGGCCGCGUCUCGCGCCUGGGCCGCCGCUUGGGCCGGCGCCGGCGGCCGCGCUCCCCGCCAGAGCCGCUGCGGGUGCGGGCGCGGCUGCGGCUGCGCUCGCCGUCGGGGGCGUUCGCGGCGCUGGGCGCGCUCGUGGUGCUGGUGGGCAUGGGCAUCGCCGUGGCGGGCUACUGGCCCGGCCGCGCCUCCCACGCCCACGCCCCGAGGACCGGCCGCGCGCACGGGCCGCACGAGCGCCUGCGGCUGCUGGGGCCGGUAAUCAUGGGCGUCGGCCUGUUCGUGUUCAUCUGUGCCAACACGUUGCUCUACGAGAACCGCGACCUGGAGACCCGGCGUCUCCGCAGGGGCGCGCUGAGGGCGCAGGCACUGCGGCCACCCGACGGCCCCAGCUGGGACGCUCUGCUGCCCAGUCCCGCGCACGGGUCCCCGGGCGCCGUCGUGGAACCUGAGACUUGGGACCUGGCCCCAAGGAGGGGCCCCUCGCCCGUCCCGUCGGUGCGCAGCUUGCGGUCUGAACCUGCCAACCCUCGCUCGGGGCUACCUGCCCUGCUCCACAGCUACCCGUUGAAGGGCCCGGGGCUGCCACCACCCUGGGGUCCUCGGACUCAGACUGGACACGUGAUCAUCACGGUGCAGCCCUCCGGUUCCUGCAUCGAGCACUCCAAGUCUCUGGACCUGGGCCUGGGGGAGCUUCUCCUGGGGGCCCCAGCAGCUCGGGACUGUGCCCACCGAAGCUGGCCACGGCUGGACCGACUCAGUUUGGGGGGCUAUGCCAAAUUAGGAGGGGAUUUGGGGGCCCGGGUCUGAGGUGCAGGUAUAACCUGCUGUGAGGCUACCAGUGUGGACCAUGGGGCCGGGACACAGAAGUCCAGUGCCCAGUUCCAGUCACCUCCGAGGCUAGGAUGGAUGCUGUGGUGGCAGCAGCCGCUAAGGCUCCUGACCUGCAUGUAAGGCAGUGCCAGCUGCACCAAACGAGCUUCAGGGGCAUGUGUUAAUGUGGACACCAGCAUGAUUCAGCCUCAGGAAUUUCUUCAGCCCAUGUGGCCUUAGCCCAGGACCGGCACCUGAAGGGCUGCAGGGUAUGUCAAAAGCAUCCUGAGAUGCUCGGGGCACCUUGGCAAACAAGCAGUAGGUUGGGAUGUCCCAGGCCGGGACAGGCUCCCUCCAAGAUGGCAGUCUAAGAUGGCGGAAAUGGGACCACCAGGGAAGGUGGAUAAGGAGGUGGAAUGAGAACCUCUGCAGCUGUCUGGGGCAGUGACCACACCUCGAACUGCCACCACCUCAGGUCCAUUCUUCCUGCUGCCAAGCGGGCUCUGUCCCGGCAGGGCUAACUACUGCCAGAGCCCUGACCUGGGACCAGACUGCGCCCCUGGAGGUAGGCCUGUGCCCAGAGCCUCCCCCAGCUGGCAGAGGCACCCUCCAGUUCUCAGCGCUUCCUUUCCACUGCAUCCUGACCAGUGUGGGUAGCUUACUGUACACGGUGGCAGCUUCCCUUCCCGUCCCCCUUCCCAGGUUUAAUUUCCCCACGCUUUUGUUAGAAGAAAACUUUAAAAGUGGAUCAAUCCUCAUAGUCAGGUCUUUUUUUUUUUUUAAGUUUAUUGAAAAAUGCCAUACAAGAAGCAAGACCAAACACUUACCUAAACACUACAGCCACAUCUGUCACUACGAAAGGCAAGGCGCAGACAGCAGGCCCAGUUACUGCCUAUCUCACCUAAGGGGUGUCCAGUUGGACUCUGCCGGCAUAGUUCCUAUUUUGUCAAAUGUAAACAACUACUUGAUAUGAUUCAUAAUUUUUUUAAAAAUUUACAAAGCUCCUUCAUUUUUGUCAUGAAAAUAAUAUAUCUGAGAGAGAUUUGUAAAAACAACCAGCCUGGGGCUGAUAUUUCCCGUGAGCAUUGGGGAUGCUGGCCAGGCCGUGGCUCCACCUCCGUUUCUCAAAAUGGGCCAGGGCCCCUAGACCCCAGAAUAUACUGCUGGCCUGGGGGAGGGCUCCCAGAGUCAGCCUCCUUGGGCCCUCAGUUUAGGAAUAUAGGGCUUGCUUUGUGGGUGGGUGGCAGAGAUCUCAUGUGGUUUGAGGGAAAUCUACUUCUGAAGUAAAAAUAAAACUGCAGUUGGGAUUGUUA